AUGGUAGGCUCCGUUGCAAAGAGAUUUCCUUGUUCUCAGCUCCAUUCAUUGUAUAUUCUUAAGAAGGAUUCUGAAAGGUGGCAAAUGGAUGCAGAUACUUCCAAGAAUGAAGACUGUACAACUCAGCAGGCUGCAAAAGUUUCACCAGGACAGCCAUCAACACAUAGCACAACUGAUGAAAACAUGGUCCCUUCAGGCUGGGUAAACAGUACAAAUGACUCCAGCUCUGAACUGUUGACAUCUGUGCAUGCUUCCUCAAUCAGCAAUAUGUUGGGAAGGGAAGGUGACCUGGGCUACCCUCAAGCCUUUCUGAAUGCUAAGCCACUGCAUUAUGUGGCCAACUUUAUUCCUGCUCCUCAUUUAUUACCACCAACUCAGGCAGAAGUAUUCCCUGCCAGGAAAAAUGAUGAAACCAUGAAGAUCCCAAGGUCUGCAGCAGCAGCAGCAGUAGCUGCUCCUUUGACAACUCAGGAAGGCAUAGUCUAUCAAACGAAGGAACAGAUUCCAGGGGAGCAAGAACAGAUAAUGAGGGUUCAGAUGGAGCAACUGCAACGGCUAGUAACUGAACAGCAGAAAAUUAUUACAUUCUAUAAUCCAGCAUCUGGGCCUGAAAACCUGCCAUGUGUUGCAGAAGAAAAUGGGGAAGACCAAAUAGAUGAAAAUGCUUCUUUUUCUCCCUUUGGACAAAGAAUGAACAUGAGAACUCAAAAUGCAGAUGACAGACCAAUCCGACCUGGAAUUGGAGUGAAACAGAAAACAUUUCAAGAAUUUGUUGAGGAGCAACUUAAAUUUGAUUCUGAAAGAAUGGGGAAACAGAAGCAGAAUGCCUGUGAGGCUAAAGUGACUGCACGGAAGUCAUUUCUCAAGUGUGGAGAAGGCACAGCAAGACUUCUAAAAAAUAGAAGGAACCUUGGCAAGAAACCAGCCAAAACUUUCAGAAGAGUCAGCUUUGAUUGCCAGAAUCAUUUCACAUGGCCUUCUCAAUGGGAUAUGGGAAAACCUUUGGGAAAACACCCACAAUUAAAAAGGUGGGUUAGUAGCCCAACAGUGCUGUUCUUGGAUGAUAAAAAUGCAAAUUGUAUCAUUUCCAGGGAUGAUAACAAGCGUCAGCUUAAUAAUCAUGAGCAAAGCAUGGAAGAAAGCCAUCACACUGGUGGAUAUGAUGGUGAAGAGAUGGUAAACAAGAAGGGAUUUGAUGGUGAAGAGGCAGUAAAUGAAAAAGAAUUUGAGGUACCAUCUCAGAUGAACUGGUCCAAAUGUUCCCAGAAAUGCCAUGGACAAAAAAAUAAUAUUAAAGCAAAAGUGUGUGCAAAAACUGAAGCCUCGUGGCCUAUUUCUCAAGAACAUUCUGGCAGAGAGGACAACAGGUCCAUAGAACCUAAGAUUCCAUUGCAGCUUAUAGGGGACAUAAAGAACAGUGUAUCACAGGUAGCUAGAAGGCCUAUGAAUGCUUCACCCAAUGUCACUGAGCUUCAAAAUUUAGAAAUCACCCUAGCCAAUCAAGAGGAUCAGAAUCAUGGAUAUCAGGUUAUUCAAGAUGUGAAUAGGGUCAAGCAAUGGGGAAAUGAAUAUUGUGUCACUGCAGAUAAAAACCCAGAAAUAACUGUAGAAAUUAUCCCUGAGUUUAAAAAAGUCAAUGAUCAAAUAGUAAAAGCUAUGCAUAAACCAGAUAGAAAGCAGGCGACCACAUUUGCUAAUUCACAAACUAGACACUGUAACGGUGCAGAAGCAGCUAACAGAUGGAAAGAGAAUCUCUCUAGUGAGUCGGCCUGCACAUCUUCUGAUAGUGAAGAUGAAUCUAAAUCCCACUGCUGUCAGUAUCCCUGGAGGCCUAACACCCACAGAGCAGUGAGCACAAGCAAGAACAUGGAUAUUUCUGAAGCUGACUAUGCCACUGAUGAGCCCAGUGAAGCAGAAGAUCCUUCGCUGAAAAGUAGUAGAAAAACACGUGCCAAGACAUUUGGUGCUCAGGAGCUAACAGGUCAACAGGGAACCUCCUCCACUGCAAGCAGCAGCAGCAGUGAAUCUAGCCUCAGAAGCAGGAGCUUGAGAUAUGGAAAGACUCUUUCUUCAGUUAGAAAAUCCCAGUUUCAUCAAUCACAAGCAGCAAGAGGAAGAAAAGAGCCUGAAACACGGAGUAAUCUGUGUGACAGUGAAUUGAGUUUGCAACCUCCUUCCUUGACAAGAAAUCUUGUAGCUAGCCUCUUCCCUGUUUUCAAGAGCAAAGCAAAUCUAGAAGAGCAAGUUCAAAAAAUGCCUAUGAGAAAGUUAGAGGAAUGUGAGCAGGAGGUUCUAGUACAUCAUGGAGAAACCUCUCUGUUAGUUCAGAUGAAAGAAGAACAAGCCAAAGCAAUGGAUUUUCUUAGAAAACAAAUAAGCCAGUAUGAGGCUAUGAGGCCUCAGAAGCUGCAUCCCCUGGAAGAGUGCAAAAGUGGAAAAUCUCUGAAACAGCAGAAAGAAGAAAUACAAUUUGAGAAGUAUCCAAAAAUAAUAAAAGAGGAGGGAGAGUCACAGGAAAUACAAAAGUUAAAGCAGCAAAUAGCAGGGCUGCAGGAGGAAUUCAGAAGAAAUGAAACGCACUGGCAUGUUGCCCAUGUAGAGUUAAGAAGUCAGGUUGAAGCACUGACCAAACACAACCUGGAGCUUCAAGAUGAGCUCAAAGUCUCUGAGCAUCAGAAGAUGGAAGCAGAAGGAAAACAUGGCGCUAUGGAUGCAGUUAUUCGAAAAACAGGAACACCGCAAGAUAGCAGCUGGUACAUAUGCGGCCUUAAAUUUGCUGACUUUUAA